GUGUAGUUGUCGGAUGGUGUGCUGCGAGUGAAGUGACGGGUCGGUUGACGGUAACGUGUCUCGCGGCUUGUUUCGCGAGUUUGCCCCCCACCCGGUGAUGCGAGAGUACACCGAGUCGAGCAGGAAGGACUUUUUCCGUGACACUCGCGAGGACACGUCGCCCAUCGUCAUGAGUGGGCCAGACGACAGCCGGAGGGGCCGUUACCGGUCCAGGAGUCGGAGUCGUGUGAGGGAGCGGAGCCGCCGGCCGCGGGAGGACGACUACCGGCCGCAAGUCAACGGCCACGUCUCGGUGAGAUGUCUAGACCACCCACGCAAUGCCAUUCCACAGACACUCCCACACACAUCAUUCCUCAGCACCGGCCUCAUGGGGACCGUUCUCGCGAGCGCCGUCGGCCGUUCGACGAGGCCGACUACGAGCAGGACCGCGCCCUCCGCCGUGCCUAUGGGGAGGACUACUAUCGCAUCUACUACGACAGGGCCGUCAGAGACGACAGACACAACAGGCGCAGGAAGGUAAGCUGGGCACACGACACACAACCGACACGCAACCAUCCCACGUCGCGUCACAUGUCAUGUGUAUAUAUGGGUGCAGGACUCCCGUGGUCGUCGUGGUCGCUCCCGUUCGCCCCGCGACCGGUACGACGGGUACGGUCGGGGGCACGUCGGUGGUGGCCAGAGGAGGGAUCGGCACCGGAGUCGGGAUGAGAGCUGGAGCGUUGACGACCACCUGGAGGACGAGAGCCACCAGGAGGCCGAGGACGACAGGAAGGACGACGACAUCAUACACUUUGACUGGUGGGAGGGGUGGGAGAUCAGGUCACUGCAUCGAUCGAUAAGAGGGCUGGGCGAGGCGAUGUGUUGUGUGCACGCGUGUGGUGUGGUGUGGCGUGUGUGUCGGUUGUUGUCACUCAGGUAUGUUGGCAUGCGUCUGGACAACGGGCGGUACCGUGUUGAGGGCCUCAUGGGCGACGGCACCUUCGGGCGCGUACUCGAGUGUCGUGAUGAAGACACAGGGAGAAGCGUGGCGGUCAAGGUCAGCACUCACACUCACCCACACAAAAACCGCACAAGCUCCCUCACUCAGCCCCCGAUGUGAUUGUCUAUCCAUCCAUCCAUCGCUGUGUUGUGUCAGGUCGUUCGUGACAUCGAGCGUUACAACGAGGCCGCCCAGAUCGAGGCCGACAUUUUGCAGGACAUCCGUGGGGCGGACCCUCAGCGUCGGUCCAACUGCGUGCAGCUGCUGCACACGUUCACGUACCACACGAGGCGACUCACGCACCAAUCCAGUGGGUAUCAUCAGGGCAAUGCCAGUGCCAGAGGAGACAGAGGAGAGAGAGGGGGCAGGCACCGCCACGGGGGCGACAAGGACGACACACCCACCGGCGAGCACAUGUGUCUGGUGUUUGAGCGGCUGGGGCCGUCGCUCUACGACUUCUUGAAGAAGAACAACUACAGGGGGUUCUACAUGGAGGACGUCCAGUGCUUCGCCAGGCAGUGUCUGCAGGCACUCGCCUUCCUGCACGCACUCAACAUCACACACACAGACCUCAAGGUGGGUGCCUUCGGGAGGUGGACACACCCACUCCCACAUGACUCACUGACAGAAAGAUGGAAAGCUCCACACACAUGACAUGGUAUGGACUCAUUCGCUCUCUGUCUGUCUGUCUGUGCAAUGUCAUGUACUGUGAUGUAGCCUGAGAACAUCUUGUUGGUCAGUAGCAAUUCCUACUCGACGACCUUCCCCAGGGUAUGUGUCCAGUGAGUCAGUCAAGGCAGCCUCCCACUGCCAUUCUGGUGCCCUUUUGUCCGCUUGGCCGCCCCGCCACUCACGACCACUUCUGCCUGCGGCCCCUCCCUCCCGGCCCCCCUUCUCCCCCCUCUUGCUGUGUCGGUCGCCCCCCCCAUCGCCUUCGACGCCGCUGAUUCCUCCCUGUCUUUGCAGGACCCGACUUCGUCUGCCUCAUACAAGCGACCAUCGCGGACUGACGUCAAGAGUAAGGAUGACAGACAGAGAGAACAGGACGGACAGGAAUGAAUGGCCAGUAUGUUGCUUGUUUGGAAUUAUGUCGCUGUUUGCUUGUGUGUGUCGUUGUGUAUGAUGUGUGUGUAGUCAUUGAUUUCGGCGGUGCGACGUACGAGCACGACCACCACUCUGCGGUGAUCAACACGCGGCAAUAUCGGGCGCCCGAAGUGAUUCUAGGUGCGUGCGGUGCGGGCUGACUGACUAACAAGACAAAGACACAAACAGGCGGUCUCGACGAGCGAGGCCGCAUACAUCAUUCUCACUGACUGAGAAACCACCCACUACACUCACUGGUGGCAUUUAGAUCUCGGGUGGAGUAUGUCCAGCGACAUCUGGUCCAUCGGCUGCAUACUCAUCGAGCUGGUCAGCCACGCCACGCAGGCAACCAGAGAGAGAGGCAGAGACACACACAGCGAUAUCAUCGGGGUGUGUGUGUGUGUGCAGUAUACUGGGAGUUUGUUGUUCGGGACUCACGAGAACCGCGAGCACCUAGCCAUGAUGGUACGGUACGCACACACAGGCGACGCGACGGGGCCACCCACCCCCCACACAGGAACGAGGGGCAGACAAUCGACGGGCUUAUUCUUUCUGUCGUCUCAGGAGAAGGUGUUGGGUCGUUUCCCUUCCCACAUGCUGCAGCGGGCACAGCAGACGACGGGCAGCAAGUACAUCAAAAACGGACGAUUCUCAUGGUCAGACCAGGCAGCACCAGACACACCAGACAGACACACAACAGUUUUCAUCUCAUCAUCCGGCGGGCGGCACCCUGUCUGUGUCCUUCCCUCCCUCAGGCCCGAGAACGCUUCCCCUUCGUCGAGGCGUGCUGUGCAGCGAUGCUGUGACAUCGAGGUCAGGCAGGCACUGGCUGACCAAACCAACACAACAACACACACCUAUCCAUCAUCGCAUGUGCGUGUGCGUCUGUCUGUCCAUCUGUGCAUUUCGGUUGCUUUGAUCAGGAGUUGGUUGAGCCGCAGCAUCGCGGUUUUGCCGAGUUCGUGCGUUACUUGUUGCAGAUCGACCCCGCCCGUCGCCCCGCGGCCACCGAGGCCCUCCGCCACUCGUUCUUCACGACCAGAUUUGACGGUCGGGCCAACCGAGGCGAGAAGACCAGAUGAUGUGAUGACAGAUGUGACUGAUACAUCGACAGAGGACAACAAAGAAGAAAGGCGGCCGCUCGUGUGUUGAUGGAUGCUCUAUCUGCAGGAGUGUAGAUGAAGCGAAGCGGGUCACGCCACGCCAUGCUACACACGUCACCACACGGAGGGAGGGUUGGAGCGGCGGACGGGCGACAGCCACACCUAGGGAGGGGCCGUUUUUUCUUUUUGAUGGAUGGAUGGAUUCAUUGUGUGAGAGUGGAGCGAGUGGUUGUACAUGGCGGACAGAUGGGAUGGAUGGAUGGCCGGCUGCAUACAGAAGGAAGCAGUGUGCAGACUGACUGACUGACUGACUUGACUGACUCUACCUCUCUCUCUCUCUCUCUCUCUCGGGCAAUCUGGACUCAUUCGAGAGACCGUGCGUACGUGCGUAUAAAUUCGAUAUUUCUUCC